AUGGACGGACGCACCUUGCCCUUGCCGACCGCCCAACUUGACCUUCACGUCACCACAUGCAGCCGAGGGGAUCAAGAUGGUGCCCGAGGCCGCACACCUGCCGGCAGCAUCCCAGCGGCUGGCCUCCCUAAAGGGGGAGGCAGCGCCAACGGCGGUGAAUGUCGUAGCUCCCACCACGGCUGCAACGAAGAAGGCAGCAGCAUCGGCGUCCAGCCGAAGAAGGACACGCGAAGACGACGGGGGCAACAGUGCCGGCGAAAACGUUUCCGGCGAAAACGUUUCCGGCGACGCAGCGGCGGCAGGGGCGGCGGCGAGAGUCGGGUAGGGAGCGGAGCGGAAGAUCGCUUCUCUUCUUCGGCGAGCUUUGGCAGCGUGACGCAAACCAAGCCGGUGGGGACGGGCACCUCCACCUGGAAGGGAUCAUUCGUGAAGGGGAGCCGCUGCUGUUGCAGCUGCGUGCCUCUGUCGCGAAGAGGCAGCAGCGCCGACGCUAGGGUAAGCUCCGGACAGGCAGGGGCUCCCGAGACGUUCGACGGCGAGAGCGACGGCUGGGUAAAGCCGCAAGAGCCGACGGAAAAGGGCAAGGGCAAGGGCGGCUUCCGUCCGCGCCAUCGGAGGGGACACUCAACGGGACACAUCGCGCACGGCACAAACCCCUCAGCAAGAGCUGCGCGCAUCACCCAGCCUCAAGGCUGGGAGGCCGGCGGCGGCGGCAGCAGUGCCACGACAUCCACAACGUCAUCGACCGGCAGCACCGCUCUGGCCGUGGCGGCGGCAAGCGGCGGCGGCGAAGGGGGCCGGGAGACGGUCCUGUCGUGGGGGAGGAGGUCGGGUUCUUGGGGCGCCGGAGGGGUUGCUGCUGCGGACCGGGAGUUCAACCGCAUCUUGAAGUCCGGGGUCGAUGUGUUCAAGCAUUGCUCAACGCGGGAGUCAACCCAGCAGUGGGUGGACGUGGUGCCGAAACGAAUCAAGGAGUUCUUGUCCAGGAGCUGUCCGCUGGAGGACGAAAAUGAAGGCCUGGUGACGCUGUUCCUGGACAAGGAGCGGGAGAACUUGUGCUGGUGCCCCCCCGGCGCGGCGGAACUUGUGCCGGAUGAGCGGUACUCCCUGAGCGUCCGCUCCCUCGUCGAGGUCGUCCCCGGAGACUCGGUCCACCCCCGUGUGCUCUCCCUUCGGUCCGCGGGCCGCGCGAACCCGCUGGUGUUCGAGCUCGACUCGGACGACCUCUACGACAUCCUUUCGCAGGGGAUCGUGCGCAUUCUGGAGAGAAACCAUCUCCGCGACACGCUCAUGGUCGACCCCAGAAACUUCGCAGCCAUCUGAUGGGCUCGCGAGAACGCGAGAACGGGCCUUUGGUUUCUGUCCGGACUUUUGUCGGUGACGCGGCGGACUGCCUCGGGUUGUAAUGUCCUCUUGUCGAUAGCUUUUUGUCGGGGAGGGGGGGGGAGGGGAGGGCGCGCUUGGAGGAAGGAGACUCUCUGGGGAGAAGGAGAGGAAGCUUUUCAAUUAUAUCGGAUCCGCCAACCCCUUGUUUCUCGCUGCCCCCGCUGCGGUUUCCCGGAAGACAAGAAAAACGCCCCCGUUUCUCUCAGGGCGUCUCGUUCCUUCUUCCUGCUGGAAUGUAGGAACCCCGAUGUAUCUAAUUCAUAUCUAGUGUUUUUAAUUGUUCGUUUAGGUUUCUUUGUUCUGAUGUCUUGUUUGUUUUUCUUUUUCUAUGUUGCCGCCCACCCAUCCUUUUUCGUGCUGCAAUUGUUGGUGUUUUGUAGUGUUCGAGUUUGUGGCGCGUCUGCGCUUGUAGAGCUCGGUGUGGUAGGUUCUUGCGAUAGGCAGGCCUGGCAGCGCAGUAGCUACCGACGGCACACAUUACCGCUGCUGCUACUUGCUUGUGGUAUCCGGCGCCAUACUUUGGGUCUCGCACCUGGGUCGCUGGCCGGGGGGCUGGCCGCUGAUGUUUUUCACUCGUUCGUGUUCUCGUUCUUCGUUCGUGUUUGGUUCGUUGAAUGCAGUAGGUAAAAAAAAACAAAAACACACGGGUUCCGCUAGAGCGGCUUUUCUUCGACACACAUCCUCCCGUGCGACGACGCGCUUGUUCGGCGUGGUAGGACUAGCCUUUGUUCACGCACUUUCCACCGGUCUGCUGUGUUCACAAUGACCAACACGAUGCGGGGGGCGGGGGGCGCGCGUGCUAGAGUAUGAGUAGACCCCACACUACACACGCGUAUGGUGUGCAUUGGAUGUGUCUCACACAUCCGCUGUUUUGUUUGUUUUUCGUAUCGUUUGCUGUUCGGUGUUUAUUUCAGUCCCUUGUCCACUUUUUGUUAUUUUUUUGGCGCCGAUUAUGUUCCUGGUGGUUUCAUUUGUCCAUCUCUUGUCUGGGUUUCCAUCCAAUCCACACCGUGCGUCUGUCCGUGGCAUGUCGAAGCACUCGUACGUUGUUUUACAAGAUCUUACCGUAGUUGUCCGAUGAACAAGAGGAAGGGGUGGAAAUCAAUUGCUUGGAUACAGCUAUGCAUACUGCUUCUGUUUGUGUGGUUGUGGAGACGGUGAUGGAGGCGUGGUAGCUAGCGUGUUUACGGCAGAAGUUGGUGGUUUGUGUUGGUCGCGUUUGGGCUUUGGUCGUGUCGUUGUCCACUCUUGGUGGGUUGGUGGUUUCUUGGUGGUGGUGGUGAUGGUGGUGGUGGUGAUGGUGGUGGAGGUGGUGGUGGUGUGGUGCGUGCGAAGAGCCGCAGGGUCGCCGCUCAAGGGCACGGUGCAUUCUGCGCAACAGUCAAGAUGCCAUGGAUCUAGCCAAAGCGUGGAUCGGCGAAACAGACCGAAAUGCCUUGAAAGAGUAGUGGUUACGGCAAUGUAGUGGGACGGGGCAACGGGCAACCGGUGGUGGCUGCCCCGUGUCCAUACUCCAGUAGAACGAGCACGAUCUCUCGGCCUUUGGUUGGGUGAAGAGUGAAAAAGUCAGCCUGAAGCGAGCGCUGGCUGUACGAUACGAUCGUAAGCUAUAGUCUAGGCGUUGAUAUGGCAUGAACGCGUUGUGUUUCAUUGGCCCUGUUAUUCGGUGCGCCGGCCUGUUGGUCAGAAGCUCGGCCUCGUAGGCACUCGUUGACGAUUGGUUUGGCGCGUAUCGUGUUGGGCCGUUGAGUCUUCUCGGUACCAAAGAAGCCGCCAGUCUUCCUCGUAUCCGGUACCUUUUAUCUCGUUCCCACUCUUGGGAGAAAGACGGAUUUCUGGGGCCUGCGGAGAUCCAAACCAACGGAUAUAUUCGUUGGCCGUGAUCGUUAUUGCCUUGUCGGUCAUCUUACUGCUGUUGAGAUGGUAAUGAUGAAGAGGAGCGGGGAUUAUUGGUUUGUGAGUAAGCAUCCACAUCAGCAAAACUCGCUCGUAGUGAGCGGCAUCGGAUGGUCAUCUUUCACUCUCUUCAACGGACAAGGGGUGCUCGCGUGUCUUGUCUGUUUCGUCCCGCCUCCCCGCACUCUAGUCUGCCGUAGGUAUCUGGCAAUGUCACCGAACUUGCCUGCGUGGCCUGUCGUUUGCACCGUUUCGUUUGCCAUAUGGCGCGAUCAUGUUGAUGAAGAUAAGUACGCACGGUAUGUGGCCGGGGUGACCUCUUCACGGUGAUGCUGUCGGAAAUUCAAAGCCAACAUAGAUGUGGGGAUCAACAUCAACACUAAAUAGCAUUUUUUUACGCAAGCAUAUUGACAGUAGUGUCGCCGGCGCAAUGGGUGGAUGAAGUAAGCAUGACGUCGCGUAUACGUACAUGCACGCUAUUGAU